UGUCAUUAUGGAGCUCCACUUCGGACAUAAGGUCCCAUUAUGUACCCAGCAACGUCCAACCAGCGCACCAUGAACCGUACGCCUAUUUGCCUGGCACUUAGGUUCGAGGGCAAAAAGGUGCGGAGCAAGGUCAGCAAUGGACUGCAACUCCAACCAUCUAUCCGUCCAAAAAAGGGUGUUACGACUUACGAUCAUCACCCAUCACCGAGAUUAGUGGUGGAGAAGAGAGCCUUGACAAACUUUGGGCCAGGUUCACUACACAAGUUCAUCCUUGUGUCAAGGUUCUCUUCUCCACCGCUAUAAUCUCUGGGUGUUAUGCAGCCAUAGCCAUCGCAUUGGUGGGGCCCAACCAUAAGUUUUUAAAUCAAGAGUACCGAGACCUCCAAGCUCCUUGGAUUGGCAAACCUUCGGCUAUGCAAUCAAACAAUGACCACAUGUUGCCUCUUAACUUCCUCUCCACAAGAAACCCCUUCUGGUUUUAUCAAUUGCCCUCAAAGCCCAAGGAUGUCUUGUUCUCCAAGAAGUGCUGGCUUUUGAUAGUAAAUGAGGUUUGAAGCAGUAUAUUUUGGUAUUUUUGUUGAUUUAUAUAUGAAUUUGGAGUUUGCUAACCACAUGUGCCAUGCAGUUGGGUAUUUGGAAGCAGUUGGGAAUUUGGCUACUUUGUCCCCAAAUGGCGAAAUCUUGUAGCUAUAUAAGCCCAACUAUGUUGGCAUUUGGAAGCAGCAGGGAUCCAAUCCUUGUAGCUAUUGCUGAAAAAUUCUUAUUCAGCUGUUAAGAGAGAUGCUGCCACUCUGGACAUUGUGUUUUUGUUAUUAGUUAUUACUAUUUUGAAUUUCAUUUGACCCCCUUUUAUACCACUUAUGUCAGUAGGAGACUUAAGUCUCGUAGUCUUGGUACCAGCCUAUAAUAGAACUGCCUAAAGAAGUAAGGUAAUAAGCAUACUUGUACUACUUUUAUUCAUUGUUACAGGCAUUGUUCUGAAAAUGUAUUUGGUUGACUAAGUAGAGUAUCCAUCUUAUCGAUUAUCUAGCAAUUCAACAUCAUAAUAGAGUCCUUGCUGUAAUGCUUAUUUCUCAAUAUCUUGUCUUGUGAUGAUUUCAAUACUGUGAUUGUUUUGCUGUGUCCUUGUACAGGCAGUGAAUUCUUCAUUUUGCUGUGUUCACAGGAAGUUCCAUUUCUGCAAGAAGACUAAAAGCAUAAUAUGUGUUUGUUUUGCAGGCAAUUUCUUCAGAAUUCCUAGUGCCUAUUCUUUUGGGGUGCAAAUGCUGUCAAAUGCUCAGUCUAGUUCCAAACUUAUAGAUCUUGAAGGAUAUCGUACUAAGUCCGCCUCCUUGAUGAAGAUGGAAGGGAUAACAAGUGGGAAGAAGAGGAAGAAAACGUCAAUUGAGCAGCCGCUGGACCCUCCUGCAGAGAAAAUUCAUAUAAGAGGUGAUGAGAAAGUGGAAGAGGCAAUGUUGCCUGAUGCUCGUGAGAAGAAGAAAUUUACUCCUAUUCGCAGGCAAAUAAAGAUACAGGAUCUCCGGAGGCAAAUUAAAUUGGGGACCCGAAGCAGAUUUGAUGCCAAGGAGUGGAUUUGUGAAAAUUGCACUUGGACCAAUAAGCCCCAGAAGCAUUUAAUUGCGCAUCUUCCUCCUUUCUUUUGCGAAAAUUGCCAAUAUGAUCUUCUUAAAAUGGGUAAUUAUGAAUUUUCAUUUUCAAUGGCUGAUGUCACUGUAAACGGCUUUUCACCAAUUGGCAAUAUCAAGGAUCAAGGAAAUACAGAUCAUUGCACAGUGUAUUCAACCAAUCAGUGUCUUGAGAUAACAGAUAGGAUGUCAAAGAUUCUAGUUGGUAAAGAACCUGAAGGGGUAUGCAAUGAAGGGCCUAUUCUUUCUACAAAGGAUCUUUUAGCAAAGACCGAAGAUAUGAUGAUAAGGUGUAACAUCAAUCAGAGGAAGGGGGAUCAUAAAUUUAACCGCAAAACCUUAGUCGUAGCAUUUGAGGUUGCUGAAGCUGAAGGCGUGAACGUAGUAUUGACAAAAGUCGAACAAGAUAAUGAGAUGAAACCAAGGACUGUCAAAGCUUUGGGUAAACAGUUUGUGCCCUGCGAUUUUGCUAGCAUAGCCCAGAAACUUGCAGAUGGUAUCCCUCAGGUUGGCAGCUUUCUUUCGGGAAAGAAGUUGUACAACCUUAAGCAUGGUCAGAUAUACAAGGCCCCAGGGAUGCCAGAAGACGAGAAUCACAAAAAAAAGGUGGUAUGGCAUGCUGUUGUUCUUAUUGGGGCAGGCAAAAGAAGAAAGAAAUAUUUUUAUCAUUUUGUGAACUCACUAGGUGUUAAGUUUUGCCUGAGGAUACCUAUAAAUCCAUCUCCAAGACCUAAAUCCACAUGGGUUGGAGGAGUCCAGUGUGGAAAGUCUAAACAGUUUCCGGGUGGAUUUGGGAAGGUUCGCGCCAGUGAUGUCAUGCUGGAUACAUUGCAAUUUGUUAGAUAUCCAGACUCCAACACACAGAAACAGCCUUGGCUCUCGUUUAAUUACUGUGCUGUCCGUUGAAGUAGGCAGCCAUAAAGCUUCAGUUAGUGGUUCCCAGAUUUCGGAUGCUGGACCUUCUGAAAUGGAUUUACCAAGAGUUAUCUGACUUCACAUGAACAAUCAGCAAUAUCUGUAUCCGAGGCCAAACGCGGCACUUCAUUAUUUCUUGCACUUCGCACAAAGUGACCAUGCUAAUGCUGCAACAUUUGCAAUAUUGUUUUGAUGAAAUGGUGGGGCAAAAUUGCGAAGGAUUCAAUUCCGAGGAGAAAAAAGCUUGACUGCCAGCAUGAAGAUGAGCGAUUACCUCAGAGCAGCCCUAGGAGAAGGAAUCCAUGUCUGGUUUUGAAAACAGAACAAGCAGAAGAAAAAAAAGGUGGUGUACAGUCUUGUUGCUUGAUUGUUUGAUCAAGUCUAUCCGGAGUACUGAGUACGUGGCCUCUAUAAUUCUCGAAUGCUUGUUAUGUGUCCUUGGGCAUCUUAAUAUUUGAUAUGGCGUCGAGCCAAGUCGCGGAGCAGUAGCUAGAUUUCUUGUUUUCAGAAAGUGACUGGACUUCUCAUUGCUCAAGUAUAAUCUAUUUCAUUAUGUC